CGUCCUUCUCCGUCCCGUAUACUCCUUCACCAGAGGCGUACAAUAGCGUCACACAAUGGGUGUAGGUGGAAACUUCUGGGAUUUGCUAAAACCCUAUGCCAGAAACGAGGGUUUUGAUUUUCUCAGAAACAAGAAAGUUGCAGUUGAUUUAUCAUACUGGAUUGUUCAACAUGAAACUGCCCUAAAAAACAAAGCAAGAAACCCUCAUAUCAAACUUACUUUUUUUAGAACCAUUAAUCUAUUCUCAAAGCUUGGAGCUUUUCCUGUAUUUAUUAUUGAUGGGGUUUCUUCUCCAUUGAAAAAUCGGGCAAGAAUCGAGAGAUUCUUUAGGUUUUCGGGUAUUGAUUUGUCGGGUUUACCAGGGGUUAACGAUGGUGUUUCUGUUGAAAGGAAUGGGGCUUUUACCAAGUGUGUUCAGGAAUGUGUGGAAUUGCUUGAAACCCUUGGGAUGCCUGUGUUGAAAGCAAAAGGCGAAGCGGAAGCGCUUUGCGCUAAGUUAAAUAGUGAAGGGGGGCAUGUUGAUGCUUGUAUUACUGCUGAUAGUGAUGCUUUUCUCUUUGGGGCCAAAUGUGUUAUAAAAUCCCUCCGGCCUACAUCCAAGGAACCUUUUGAGUGCUACCACAUGUCAGAUAUUGAAGCUGGUCUAGGGCUGAAGAGACGGCACUUAAUCGCGAUCUCUCUUUUGGUUGGAAAUGACCAUGAUUUGGGUGGGGUGUCUGGGAUCGGAAUAGAUACAGCUCUACGCUUUGUUCAGAUGUUCCCUGAAGAGGAGAUCUUGAAUAGGUUACAUGAUGUAGGCAAUGGUGAUGUUCCAUUAUCCCAGAUUGGUAGCAGUUCUAGCGAGUCUUUUGUCGAUCGUGAUGUACGUGGAUCAGAUACAAGCUCACCAAAGAACAAAUCCCAUUGCUCCCAUUGUGGACAUCCGGGCAGCAAGAGAGCUCAUGUCAAGCAUUCUUGCGAGUACUGCACGGUUAAUUUUAAUAAUAAUUGUACGCAAAAACCAGCGGGAUAUAAAUGUGAAUGCUCUUCUUGUGUCAUGGCUAGACAUGUUAAAGAACAGAAGAAGCAAACAAAUUGGCUACUUAGUGUCUGCAGCAAAAUGUCCUCGCAGCAGAAGUUUCCAAAUGAUCAGAUCAUUGACAUGUAUUUAAACCAAAUCGGUGGAAGUAUAAGUGAACAUGAAAGCAUGUCUCUAUUGUGGAAAAGCCCCAAUACCGAACUACUGAUUGACUUCUUAGGUUACCAUCAGCGGUGGGAUCCUUCCUACAUACGCCAGAGGUUGCUUCCGAUGUUAUCUACAAUUCUCUUAAGAGAGAUGGCUUCGGAUCCAGCAAAAGGCUUGCUGUUACAUGAACAAUACGAGUUUGAUUCUAUUCAGCGUGUGAAAAUAAGAUUUGGUCAUCCUUCUUAUUUGGUGAAAUGGAAGAAAGUUGGUGCUAUGGAAAUUGCGAGCUCUACACCCCAAACUGAAGACUAUGAUACCCAGCAAGAUGAUGUCGUGGAAGUGAACGAGUUUGGUGAUUUGUUGGAUGAGCCUGACAUCCCCGAGAUUCACGUCGAUGAUGGCUGCUGGUUCCUGUUAACUGAUGAAAACAUGGAUCUAGUUAAGGCUGCGUAUCCUGAAGAAACCGACAGGUUCUUACGGGAAAAGGAACUGAAGGAGUCAAAAUCCAAAAAGAGGAAAGCAAGUGGUGAAACUACUCCAAAAUCAAGUGCAGUCCAACUCAGUAUUAAUGAAUUCUAUCGCUCAACAAAAGGUACAGCUCAUCUUUUGAAAGAGAAAGAAGGUCCAGCCAAAAAAAUAUCAGAGGAGCAAACAAAACAAGGGGGGUCUUCUUCAAAAGAGACAACGACAUCAACUCCAAAAUUAUCCAAAUCCGUGAGACAUCGCCUUUUAUUCAACUAAACUACAAUAAAUAUAUAAUCUUUAUGCCUAACAUAACUAUGAUCGCGUUUGCGUUUACGUCUUUCUUUCUCUUUGUAAUUAAAAAAUGAAGUGGAUACAAGCACACCAGAUGUUUCGUUUAAGGAGGUAGCCUUAAAUUAUUGUAAAUUUUCAUCUUUUUCGCCUGCCUGUAAUUUUUUCAUCUGUUUCUUUUUUUCCCCUUGCCUGUAAUCAUUUCUGAUUCUGAAAGGGUAUCUUUGUUAUUAAUCUAACCGGGUUUGGGACCCUUCGUCGUCCUAAAAGGCUUCGCCUUUUUUCAUGUA